UCAUGUAUAGAUAUACAGGAUUACUGAUGAGUUUGUUCGCUGUUAGUGUGUGUAAGAUAUACAGAGAGGUACCUACAAAAAUUAUUUCUCGGGACUAUUAUGAUGAUACUACUAAAGAAGUUUUGGCAAAACCGCUAGAAAACUUCGAGUCUGUUGAGAUGUCUUCAGAAAAAUCAUCUGAAAAAUUAAUUGAUGCUUCAUAUUGGGAUGAUACUAAUUCUGAAGAGGCUGAUGAGUUAGUUCCAAGAGUGAUGACUUUGCCAUCCAAGAAGAGAAUGUGUAUUUUAUCUCCGGGACGAGAGUAUUGUGUGGAGCAGUUGCAACAAAUAAAUAAUUAAACAAGAGUUUUUGGAU